UCCGUGACUCUCAAUGGCCUUAGAAUUAUCACAGCUGAUAAGACAGUGUGGUUUGAACACAUUUCCGAAACAAUGAUGAUCAAGGCUGUUGCUCUUUUGGUUCUUGUUGUGGUCAUCCAGGGUGAGAAGCCACCCCAAGGGUCAGAACUCUGCCACCAUGUCCUCCAACAGGACUGCUCCACAUUCGAAGCAGAAGUUGUGUGUGGAUCAGACGGAGUGACCUACCAUAACAGCUGUGAGUUUGCCAAAGCCGAGUGCCAUGGACACGGACAUGAACUACACGCCGUGCAUUCUGGACCCUGUUAAUAAUCGUCAACACUACGAAUCUUAUCCCUUAAU